AUGCGGUUCACAACAUUAGCGCUCUUCUCCGCGCUCGUCGUGGCAGCCGCCAGCGCACAACUCCCGAGCGGCGAUGUCGCCGCGUCCUCGUCGUCAUCGCUUCUGCUUGCCCGCGCAGACGCCGCGUCAUCCUCGUCGCUGAUCAACAACCUCACGUUGGAAAAGAAGGACGACUCGCCAGCAGCGGUGGCAGACACCGACGCCGACGACGACGAUGAUGACGAUGAAGAAGAGGAUGAGGAAGACUCCACCGUACCACUCGAGUCUCGAGGCCGUCGUCAUCGCAAGCAUUCGCGUCAUCGUUCCUCCCGACACCGCAAGAAGCACCGUCACGCCCAGAAGCACCACGCCAAAAAACCUCACCGCAAGGGGCAGUAUACGACCAAGGACGACGGCACCUAUUCGGGCAAGGGCACCUUUUUCAAGCCCAAUCAGGGGGCGUGUGGCAAAUGGAACACGGGUGCCGACAAGAUCGUUGCGUUGUCGGCAGACAUCUACGAUCAAGGCGACCACUGUUUUGAUGGCGUCCGCAUCUGCCAUGGGGGCAAAUGUGUGAAUGCGAAGGUGGCAGAUCUGUGCCCGGGCUGCAAGCACACGAGUCUCGACAUGAGCCCGAGUCUGUUCAAGGAGCUGGCAGACCCGGAUGUGGGCGUGAUCGAUAUUCAGUGGUCUUUCACUUAG